AUGACCUCAGACCCCGAGGCUGGUUCCAAGGCACUGGGUAUUGUGUGGAACACCGAGUCAGAUUGUAUUUCGGUGGCUGCGCUCGGUGAUGUUGAGUGUCCCAAGGAAGUGUCUGGUUGGUCUCGUCGUGCGUUGUUGCGUUGUGUUGCCGCUGUGUUCGAUCCGCUAGGUUGGGCGUCACCCGCAGUUGUGCCAGGCAAGAUGAUGUUGCAAGAGAGUUGGAAGCUCGGCGGUGGUUGGGAUGACCCAUUCCCUAUUGAUUUGGCUGUCCGAUGUGCUUCAUGGUGGGGAGAGCUCGCAGCGCUUUCUUCCGUUAAAAUCCCCAGAUGGAUCGGGUGUACUCCAGAUGCUCCAGUCACGUUGCAUGUAUUCUCAGAUGCAUCCGAGAAGGGCUAUGGCUGUUGUUUCUAUGUUGUGUCCGGUUUGACGUCUUCUUUGUUGUGUGCGAAGGCGAAGGUUGCACCUGUUGUACGUCCCACUCUUGCGCGUCUGGAAUUGUCGGCUGUGUGUCUUGGCGUGAAGAUGUUGUCCUUUGUCGUCAAUGAAUUGAGAGUGCCAAUUGAAAGGAUUGUGGGGUGGACAGACAGCCUAACCACAUGGCACUGGAUCUCAAAGCCGUCGUAUCACUGGAAGACGUAUGUUGCUAAUCGAGUUGCUGCAGUGCAAGAAGUUUCGCAGAAGCUGCAAGUAGAAUGGCGUCACUGUCCAGGAGUUAGCAACCCUGCAGAUCUUGUCUCGCGUGGUGUCCCAGUGUGUGACUUGCAGAAGGAGAUGUGGCUGCAUGGUCCGUCAUGGUUGAGCGAUGAGUCUCAGUGGCCACCAGUCAUCUCGUUUCAGAGCACCAAUGAGUCCGUCACCGAAGCACGCGUGUCGGCUGUGGAGGUUGACACUCCAGUUGUUUGGCCGUGGGAGAAGUUCUCCAAGUGGCAACGAGCUCGCGGUUUGGUCGCAAGUAUGCUGUCAUGGCGACACAAGGGUGUUUCGCGUGCAGAAUUGAUUCCAUCUGCUGAGUCUGUGAUGUUUCGCGCCAUCCAAGAGCAAUGCUUCCCCAAGGAGUUGUCCCAGUUGCGGAGCAAGGAGCCACUGAAGAAGGGUUCGAAGCUGUUCAAGUUGUCUCCGUUUCUGGAUGAAGCUGGUUUGCUCAGAGUUCGUGGUCGUCUGCAGGAGAGCGAUCUGUCCUACGAGGUUCAGCAUCCGAUCAUCCUGGGCAGAUGUCAUCUAAGUGAGUUGUUUCUGCGUGAUGCUCACCUUCAGCGAAUGCACCAGGGUGUAGAGAGCGUGCUUGCGUUUCUACAACAGCAGUUCUGGAUUCUCGGAGCUCGUCGGUUUCUUCGUAGCGUGUUGGAGAAGUGCAUUGUUUGCCGCAGAUUUCGCGCACAGACUGCUGCUGAGGAGAUGCCGCCGUUGCCCUCAGACAGGGUGAAGCACCACCAGCCAUUCGGUCUCACAGGUAUUGAUUAUGCAGGUCCGUUGUACGUGCGCAGUUCAUCAAAUGUUCAGAAAGUGUGGGUCGCACUCUUCGUGUGCGGUACUACUCGCGCAGUGCACCUAGAGCUCGUGGAUAGCCUGUCGACAGAGGUGUUCCUGCUAGCAUUGCGUCGUUUCAUCGCCCGUCGUGGGAAGCCGCUGCGUAUACGUUCAGAUAAUGCUACGACGUUCAAGUCCGCCGCAGACAAGGUGGCAAUCCCGUGGUUCUUCAAUCCGCCAUCUGCCCCGUGGCAUGGAGGGUUCUAUGAGCGUCUGGUGGCAUGUGUGAAAGCUCCCUUGAAGAAGGUUCUCGGUCGAGCGUCAUUGAGUCGAGACGAGCUGUUCACUGUCUUGACGGAGAUCGAGAGAGUCGUCAACUCUCGACCCCUCACUCCGGUUUCUACGGAUGUAGCUGACGAGCCGCCGCUGACUCCAGCCAUGAUGUUGGGAGACAUCUUUGCAACCGGUAUUGCCUCGUCUGACAGACCACUCGAUCCACGGCAGUUGUCCGCUCGAGUCAAGUAUGUCCACACCGUCUACGAGCACCUCAACCAGCGUUGGUCGUCUGAGUAUCUCAUUCGUCUCAGUGAGUAUCAUCGGUCGAAGUCAACUCCGAUUGUCGUGGACGACGUUGUGUUUAUUGCCGACGACAACCGGAAGCGGCAAUCAUGGCGCUUGGGUAGGGUCGCAGAGCUGUAUCCUGGAAGAGAUGGCAAGUGCAGGGUGGCCAAAGUCCAAGUUGGCCAAUCGUCCAUGCUACGGCCCAUUCAACGCUUGGUUCCGUUGGAAGUAGCGAAGGAGCAUGUUGAGCCGCCUGCUGUGGACGCUGAGCCGCAGCCGCAGACACCCGCGAGCGCUGAUCCAGUCAACGUCGUCGAUGAUGUUGAAAUACCUUCGACGACCGUUGAACCGCAAGUUACGCGUCGAUCUCGUCGUACCGUUCGACCACCACCUCGUCUUGAUUUGUGA